CUUUUCUUUUUCAUCAUGCCGUUAACCGGUAGCUGUCACGCUGCUGUGUCACAUACGGAUAUCACUACAUAUUGCUGCUUUUGCGCGCGGCUGUAGACCCCGCCACCACCUGAGCAAUGGCAUCUACAAAACAAAAAGGAAAAAGGCCUGAUAAUGAUAAAAAGCAUCCAUACCUUUCCGGAAACUACGCACCAGUCAAGGAGACUUGCCCAUUGAUCCCGUGCCGCUACUUCGGGGAUAUCCCCGAAGACCUCGCCGGGGGCCAAUAUGUUCGCAAUGGCAGCAAUCCCGUGUCAAAUGAGGACCUUGGCCGCGAUGCACAUUGGUUUGACGGCGAUGGUCUGCUAGCCGGGGUCCUUUUUAAACCGUGUGAGAUAACUGGGCAUAUUGAACCUGAAUUCGUCACUCGGUAUGUCUUGACGGAUGUGCAUGUCUCUGCUACAUCCAAUCGAUCAUUACGAGUCCCAAUUCUGCCGAGCAUUUCAACUCUGGUCAACCCCACGUCUACACUUAUUACCAUCAUCCUGCGGAUUUUACGAACUGUGUUUCUGGUCAUCCUGUCGCAUUUGCCGGGCUCGCGACAGGCCAUCAAGAAGAUCAGUGUUGCGAACACGGCAAUUUGUUACCAUGACGGACGCGCCUUGGCGACUUGUGAGAGCGGACCGCCAAUCAGGGUCACGCUUCCCGAUUUGGAAACUGUCGGCUGGUAUAACGGACAUUCAGCUGAGGGCGAAACAAAGGAAGAAAGCAAAGAGGUGGGAUUUGGGGGGACUGGUCCCCUCAGUUUUUUGAAAGAAUUUACGACAGGACAUCCAAAAAUCGAUCCUGUUACGAACGAAAUGAUUCUCUACCACUGUACAUUCGCGCCACCGUAUGUACAGUACUCCGUCAUUCCGGCUUCCAAAGACGUGUCCGAAAAGACGGCCAGCCUGCCAAAACUCCUCAACCACCCCGUCCGCGGAGUUUCGGGUGGCAAGAUGAUGCAUGACUUUGGCGUUUCAAGAAAGCAUUCAAUCAUCAUGGACCUUCCUCUAACUUUAGACCCCAUCAAUCUCCUGAAGAACAGACCCAUCGUCUCUUAUGAUUUAAGGGCCCUUUCUCGCUUUGGAGUUUUCCCGCGUCGGAACCCUGACAAAGUACAAUGGUUUGAGACUUCCGCAUGCUGCAUCUUUCACACAGCAAAUGCCUGGGACAACGAGGACAUGGAUGGCAACACUACUUCUGUCAGCCUUUUAGCGUGUCGUUUGACGUCCGCAACUAUUGUCUACAGCGCUGGCGGCAUUGCCGCACCACAACCGACGAAGGAAACAGUCGAGGAAAUUACCCGACCGAUGUCUUUCUUCGACAAAUACGACAAAGAUUUCGACGAUAUCGAUGCCAAAGCCGGUGAACCUCCUUUCCCUAGAGCCUACGGCUACAGAGCGGCCUCAAACCUCGAGUCACGCCGCUCCGAGCAGACACCACUCAUAUACAAGGAGUCUCUUGCUCAACCGCCCACGCAACAAACCGCCUGGACUCGCACGGCCCCCGAUGAGGAAGACGAGCAAUGCCGCCUCUACUACUACAACUUCCAGCUCCCCGCACCCAACCACACGAUCAAACAACCCCAAAUAACAGCGCAGUUCGCCCUCAGCGCCAUCCCUUUCGAGUUCCCCAGCCUGAACCCCGCCUACAGCAUGCGCAACGCGCGGUACAUCUACGGGUGCAGCACGCGGGAAGCGACCUUCGGCGCCGCCCUUGGACGCGCCGCGCGCAUCGACGUCCUCGCCAAAAUCGACACGCAGAUGCUGCUGCAACGCGCGCAGACGCAGCCUCCAACCCCCGUCUCCGGCUGCGUCGACACGCGCUCAGUGGACGAGAUCCUGUACGACAAGAAGCCAGACAACGAGGCGAUCACGCUGUUCGCGCUGCCGGACGACCUUGUCGCGCAGGAAGCGCGCUUCGUGCCGCGCCGCAAUGCCGCGAGCGAGGACGACGGCUUCCUCCUGUUUUACGUGUUUGAUGAGAGCCAGUUGGACGAUGAGGGCGAGGCAAUCUCGGGCUCCGUCUCGUGGUUGUGGAUUCUCGAUGCCCGCAAUAUGCGCGAUGUGGUGGCGCGAGUGCGCUUGCCUACGCGCGUCCCGUAUGGUUUGCAUGGGGAGUGGUUCUCUGAAGAGCAGAUUCGGGGGCAGCGGGCGUGGGCGAACGUGAGGGAUGUGGAGGAUGUGCUGGAGUGUGAGGGGGAGAGGGGCGCGUGGAUGUGGGUGAGGCGGUGGUUGGAGAGCGUUUUGGCUUCUUAGGGGGGUGGGUGAAUUUAUGGAUGGAUAGGUAUGGCGUUUGAUGGGGCUGGGCAGGGUUUUACCCUACUGAAUGUGUAGGCUUGGUUACCUGGCUGGGUUCUGACGUGCCAGGAAGUAGGUAGUUAAUUGCGAAUGAAGAAGACGCGUUUUUCGUUAUCCCUGCU